AUGUAUUUAAUGUACUCUUCUUUCUCUCCUUAUCUCCCUUUCUCAUCCCCGAUCCCACCACCACCCCACCACCAUCGUUUUGCACAUGGGAAAUGUUGCCUGGUAGACUUGGCACCUUAUUUUGUUUCCGAGCCACUAUCUGCUGUCCAGAAACUUGGUGGACCUGUAGUACUACAUUGUUCUGCUAAACCUGUGACAGCUCAUAUCUCAUGGCUGCGUAAUGGAAAAAGAUUGGAUAGAAAUGUGGAACAGAUUAAGAUUCAUCAGGGGACUUUGACAAUUCUUUCUCUUGAACCCUCCCAUACGGGCCGCUACCAGUGCAUUGCCAACAAUAGCGUCGGUGCAAUUUUGAGUGGCCUGGCAACAGUAGCCAUCGCAGUUCUCGGUGAUUUUGGUUCAUCAACAAAGCAUGUUAUUACAGCAGAAGAAAAAAAUACUGGUUUCAUUGGCUGCGUGGUACCAGAUAGUAAUCCCAAAGCUGAGGUGCGCUAUAAAAUCCGGGGGAAGUGGCUGAAAUAUUCCACAGAGAAUUACUUAAUCCUUCCAUCAGGAAAUCUUCAGAUUUUGAAUGUAUCUUUAGAGGACAAAGGAUCAUAUAAAUGUGCAGCUUUUAAUCCUGUCACACAUGAAUUAAAAGUUGAACCCAUUGGCCGAAAGCUCCUUGUGAGUCGCCCUUCUUCAGAUGAUUUUCACAUUCUUCACCCCACCCUUUCACAGGCAUUAGCAGUUCCCUCUCAUAGCCCUGUAACACUGGAGUGUGUAGUGAGUGGGGUCCCAGCUCCUCAAGUGCGCUGGCUGAAGGACGGUCAGGACCCUGGGCUGGGAAGCAAUUGGAGAAGGUUGCAUUCUCAUCUUGCCACAGAUAGCAUUGAACCAGUGGACUCUGGAAACUACUCCUGCACAGUGGGAAACAAGACUGGAGACAUGAAACACGUGACUUACAUGGUUCACGUACUUGAACCUGCUUCAAUUUCUAAAGGACUGCAGAAUCAGACAGUGUCCCUGGGUGCCACAGUACAGUUCACUUGUGAAGUCUAUGGGAACCCAGCCCCUAACCGCACCUGGUUUCAUAAUGCACAGCCUAUCCAUCCUUCACCGCGACAUCAAACUGCAGGCAAUGGAUUGAAAAUCAGUGGCGUUACCAUGGAAGAUUCUGGGCUAUAUCAAUGUGCAGCAGAUAAUGGGAUUGGAUUUGCACAAUCUACUGGGAGACUUGAAAUUGAAAAAGACAGCGGACUCAAGCCGGUUAUAGUUACAGCGCCAGCGAGUGCGAAGGUGGUAGAUGGAGACUUUGUGACUUUGUCCUGCAAUGCCACUGGAGUGCCAGUUCCAGUCAUUCGUUGGUAUGACUGGCAUGGGUUGAUAACCAGCCAUCCGUCUCAAGUCCUUAGAUCUAAAUCCCGAAAAUCACACCUUUUAAAACCUGGGGGCUCUGACCUGGAGCCUGUGUACUUCCUCAUGUCUAGAGCUGGUGCAAGCUCUCUCUAUAUUCAGACUGUUACUCAAGAACAUGCUGGGAAGUACACCUGUGAAGCUACAAAUGAACAUGGCACCACACAGUCAGAAGCAGUCCUCACAGUCGUUCCUUUUGAAGCAAAUACAAAAGCAGAAACAGUCACACCUGCCAGUCCCACUCAGAAGGAUGAAAGAGGCAGUUCAGAAAUUGCGUCAUCGAGCUCAUCUCCCGUGAAGGAGCAUCCCAGGGCAGUGGGAUCAUCGUUAGAGAAAAACGCCAGCAGUGCCUCUGUCCCCGAUGCCCCCAUCAUUCUGAGCCCUCCACAGACCCACACACCAGAUACAUACAACCUGGUCUGGCGGGCAGGGAAGGACGGCGGGCUGCCCAUCAAUGCCUAUUUUGUAAAGUAUCGGAAGCAGCUAGAUGAUGGUGUUGGUGUGGUAGGAAGCUGGCACACAGUUCGCGUCCCAGGAAGUGAAAAUGAGCUCCACUUGACAGAACUGGAGCCGUCUAGUCUCUAUGAAGUUUUGAUGGUAGCCAGAAGCGCAGCAGGUGAAGGACAACCUGCCAUGCUUACCUUUCGAACUAGCAAAGAGAAAACAACAUCCUCAAAAAACACCCAGGUAUCCUCUCCACCCAUGGGCAUCCCUAAGCGCCCUGUUAUUUCAGAGGCUGCGGACAGCUUUGGAGUGGUACUUACAGAUUCUUCUAGGCAUAGUGGAGGUGCUUGGGGAUCACAAGAGGAAUAUCUAAAUCACCCAUGUGAUACAGUUCCAGAGGCACCCGACCGGCCUACUGUCUCCACCGCAUCGGAGACGUCCGUCUAUGUCACCUGGAUUCCUCGGGCAAAUGGGGGCUCUCCCAUCACCGCCUUCAAGGUUGAAUAUAAACGGAUGAGGACUAGUGAUUGGCUGGUGGCAGCUGAAGAUAUCCCGCCUUCCAAACUGUCUGUGGAAGUUCGUAGUUUACAGCCAGGUUCAACAUACAAAUUUAGGGUCAUUGCUAUCAACCAUUAUGGUGAGAGCUUUCGGAGUUCGGCAUCUCGGCCUUAUCAGGUGGCUGGGUUCCCCAAUCGCUUUUCUAACCGUCCAAUAGCUGGACCCCACAUUGCAUAUACAGAAGCUGUCAGUGACACUCAGAUCAUGCUGAAGUGGACGUACAUUCCAUCAAGUAACAAUAACACUCCGAUUCAAGGAUUUUAUAUCUAUUACCGGCCAACAGAUAGUGACAAUGACAGUGAUUACAAGAGGGAUAUUGUAGAAGGAUCAAAGCAGUGGCACAUGAUUGGCCAUCUGCAGCCAGAAACUUCUUAUGAUAUUAAAAUGCAAUGCUUCAAUGAAGGAGGAGAAAGCGAGUUUAGUAAUGUGAUGAUCUGUGAAACUAAAGUGAAACGUGUUCCAGGAGCUUCUGAGUACCCUGUGAAGGACUUCAGCACCCCUCCAAAUUCUUCAGGGGGCGGAGGAAAUGUAGGGCCUGCUAGCAGCCCUGCCCGAAGCAGUGACAUGCUGUACCUGAUCGUCGGCUGCGUGCUCGGUGUGAUGGUCCUCAUCCUCUUGGCCUUCAUUGUGAUGUGCCUGUGGAAGAACCGCCAGCAGAAUACCAUACAGAAAUAUGACCCACCGGGAUAUCUCUACCAAGGAUCGGAUGUUAACGGGCAGAUGAUGGAGUACACCGCUCUGCCUGGUACAAACCGGGUCGAUGGAGGCUUCACAGGCAGCGGCGCUCUCAGCAACGGCUGCUCCCACGCCCACCACAAGGUCCCUCACGGAGUCAACGGCAUGGUGAACGGGAGCUUGAAUGGAGGGCUUUACUCUGGGCACACAAGUUCACUAACCAGGACACAUAUGAAUUUUGAACAUCCUUGUCAUCUAGUGAAUGGUGGCGGAAUGUACACGGCUGUGCCUCAGACUGACCCGUUGGAGUGCGUCAACUGUCGAAACUGUCGGAACAACAAUAGGUGUUUCACCAAACCAAGCACUUUCAGCAGCAGCACCCUUCCUGUGGUCCCAGUGGUAGCACCUUAUCCUCAGGAUGGUUUGGAAAUGAAGCCCCUCAGUCACAUGAAGAUGCCUGUUUGUGUGGCUUCCACAGUCCCGGACUAUGGCCAGUCACCUGAGGAGAGCAUCAAAGAUGAUGCGGCUUCAAGACCUGCUCAGCACACUUGCUGUCAGGACAAUAGAAAUGAAAUCAACUCUGAUUGCACGGAACAUACAGCAGAGUUCAACAGAGGAGACAGCUGUGUCCAUUCAGAAACAGAGAACAAAAUUUUAAGUCGGUCUCCUCUUAUUUUGUCACAUGCUUCGGAGGACUGUAUUGAAGAGACAGCGUGGCCUUCUCCUGGCAUUCCUUUAGACAGCCCUUCAGGGGUCCUUCAGCAGCCCCGGGAAACUUGAGCCUGUGCAAGUGACUAGUCACGUUCCCACUUCAAGCCAGUAACUGCACGACACAGGCCUGGGAAUGAACUGUGUGAAGGACAUUAAUUCAAAUCAGAGAAAAUCAUUAUUUAUUUUUUGUAGUAGUAAUGUCCUAUGAAUGUAUCUUAAGAUGUGUGCCCUUUAUAUUAUUUAUGCCUUAAAAAUUUCCCUCCCUGUUGUUCCCUCACCCUCAGUAGGAAACAACCUAGUUUUUCAUAGUUUUCAAUCAUCUGAGAGCAGUGGGAUCAUUCCAUGUUUUUCAAGAACCUCAGAGACAGUUAAGAGCUCCUCCUGUAAGGAUCCAGCCUGUUGGCUGAUUCAGCUAAGAGGGAAUUGCACAAACCAUUUGAAGUUUUCAGAUGGGAAGUUGUCUUCCAGUAUUGUAUUAUCAGACUUUCUGAGAACAUUUGAAAUCACCCACAGUUGUAUCAUGAUGUUUAUAAUAGCAUAUCUCUUAAGAUUUUAUGAGUGCCUUCCACAGAAGUGAUCAUUGAUCUGUUGACCCUGUCUGCACAUGGGCACAAAUUCCAUUCACUUUUCUGAGCACUAAUCAUAAACAGUGUCAUGGGCAUGGUUGAGGUUAAGGUCUAGCUGGGUUAUU